AUGCCUAGCAAAGCGUUCAACGACGCCGUCACGGCCUCGAAGCAAUUGACCAAGAAGCCUGACAACGACGAGUUGCUCAAGCUCUACGCCUACUUCAAGCAGACCCAACAAGAUCCUCCAAUCGACAAAUCUCCUGCUCCAGGUACAUUCGACCUGAAGGGCAAGGCCAAGAGAAAGGCAUGGCAAAAGGUCGUUGACGAGGGCAUGACAGCACAGCAGGCCGAGCAAAACUACAUCAAAUUGGUGAAUGAGAUGAAGGACAAGUAUGGAUAUGAUCCAAACAAGCAGCCUGAGGCCGUUGGUAAUUAG